ACCACGACGACAACGCAACGACAAGUUCGACAACACAAGUAUAGCUUAACCUGCAUUGUAUUUCAUUUGAAAAGGGGAUUUGCGUCAAUUUGACGCGCCAUAUGCCGCUUGAAUGCCUGUGGUCUAUCAGAGAUAGACGAGGCCCGUUCCCUGCACCUGCGGCUUGUACGCGGCUGGUCGGCAUUAUUGUUGAUGAUUUGCAUCAGCACCAGCAUCAUCAUCGAAGCCACAUUAUUAUCUAGCCAGCAAGAUCCUUCGUAACUGGCAUGAGCAACACUACAAGCCCUAGUCCCGACCCUCCCGGCGCCGCCGGUAGGCACCGUCGUCACCGCAGCGAGAUAGAGCCGCUGCUGCAGCUAGUCCACCCUCGCCUUGAGCACGGCGAUGGCGCGGGGAGUCCGGGGUCCGGAGUCUUCUCGCCUGCUUCAUCGACUCGUGGGUGGGAUUCGGGGUUCGGCGGUAGGGGCGGUGGCUCAAGUGAGGAUGUCGCCGACGCGACGGCGGCAUUGCUUGGAGGACGCGGUCCCGCGCAGAGAGCAGUCGAUGAGAGACAGAUUAGGGGAGGGUGGUUCGUAUGGGUGCUGACAGUAUCGGCUUGUGUCAGUGGGCUUUUGUUUGGAUACGACACAGGCGUCAUCUCAGCAACACUGGUCUCAAUCUCCACCUCCCUGUCCCACCGCGCCUUGACCUCAAUAGACAAGUCCCUGAUCACCUCGUCCACCGCGCUCCUCGGCCUCGUCGCCUCGCCCCUGUCCUCGAUCCUGGCGGACCGCCACGGCCGGAAGCCCGUCAUCCUGCUUGCCGACGUGCUCUUUGUGCUCGGCGCGCUCUGCCAGGCCGUCUCGGCGACGGUGGGGCAGAUGGUCCUCGGCAGGGCCGUCGUGGGUGCCGCCGUGGGCAUGUCGAGCUUCGUCACGCCGCUGUACAUCUCGGAGCUGGCGCCCGCGAGGAUCAGGGGGAGGCUUGUCACUCUGAACGUCUUGUGCAUCACGCUCGGGCAGGUCGUGGCGUACCUCGUCGGGUGGAGGUUUGCAGAAUAUUGGGAUCAGCCUGGCGGCGACGGCGGAGCCGGAGGGGACAAUGGCCAUGGUGGAUGGAGGUGGAUGGUGGGACUUGGGGCGGUGCCGGCUCUGGUGCAGGGGCUGGUGUUGCUGUCCUGGAUGCCAGAGACGCCCCGAUGGCUAGUCAAGGCUGAGAAGGUCGGCGAGGCUGAAGAAGUCAUCCGGAAGACGUUGGGUGUUGCCAAACCGGAUCGAGAUGAGUCCGGGUACGACACCGGAGUCGAGAACGAGGACGACGAGGCGAGAGCCAGCUUGCUUGCGAUACAGGCAGAGGUUAGAGCUGAGGAGGAGGAGAGAGCCAAGGUUGCACGACGACGACAAGACAAUGGAUCAGGAGACAUGCAGGUUGACGAUGCGGGUUUCCUUGCUGGCUGGAACGAGCUGCUCGAUAUACCUCGAAACCGGCGUGCUCUGACUAUCGCAUGCCUUCUCCAGGGACUACAGCAGCUCUGCGGAUUUAACUCAUUGAUGUAUUUCUCGGCCACCAUCUUCGAGCUGCUCGGCUUCAAGGUCCCAACACUGACAUCGCUUACUGUCGCGGCCACCAACUUCGUCUUCACCAUCCUGGCCCUGCUAUUCAUCGACCGCAUCGGCCGCCGCAGGAUCCUGCUGUACUCGGUGCCGUUCAUGGUCGCCGGCCUGCUCCUGGCCGCCAUUGGCUUCCGUUACGUUCAUCUGUCACCUCCCCCUUCGUCCACGCCAGCAGACUCGACAGCCACCGCAUCUCAACGGUCCCCGGCGGCCCCGCUAGUCAUUCUUACCAGCAUGAUGCUCUUCACAGCGUCCUACGCGCUGGGGCUCGGCAACGUCCCCUGGAUGCAGAGUGAGCUGUUCCCGCUCAGCGUGCGGUCGCUGGGCAGCGGGCUCGCUACGUCGACCAACUGGCUGGCCAACUUUGUCGUGGGGCUGACCUUCCUGCCGCUCAUGGAGCUGCUGAGCCCCAGCUGGACGUUUGUCGUGUACGCCGUGGUGUGCGCGGCCGGGUGGCUGGCCAUAUGGCAUGUAUACCCGGAGACGGCAGGCCUGACGCUCGAGGAGGCUGCAGGUCUGCUUGAUCAGGGCUGGGGGGUGCGGUGAUGGUGAGUGUCUGUUUGGCGCCGGGGGGAGGUGAGAUUUUAGUGUUUUUGAGGAGAUGAAUAGCGUUCAUGUGUCAGUGUAGUGUAAUACAGCACGUCCAGAUGUUUUCGUUUGUUUGCAACCCGACCACUCUCCCUCUCUCGUGGUUCCCGAGGUCUCUGCGCUGUCAUUGGCAAGCUUGGUGGAGAACUCGUCUAGAUCUGCUGCUUGAGCAGACUUUUAGACACCACUACAAAGUCUCUCACCAUUAUUGCUGCCGGGCUGGGUGGUUAUAGACUCCGCUCCAUGACGAUUUCGCGGUCGGCAACCAUAGACUUGUGCCCAAUCUAGCAAUGCCCC